AUGCCACGUGUGCUCUCAAGGAGACCCCCGCCGGUGAUCAAGAAAGCCCCCACCAAAAGACCCAAGCUAGCGACUAUCUUCGACUGCCUCUUCUGUCCGGGCCAAGACUGUGUCCACGUGAAACUGGACAAGAAGAAUCGUGUGGGCUCGCUCAGAUGCGGGAACUGUCGCGUGACCUUCGACACCGUUAUCCACCACCUCGCGGAGAACGUCGACGUCUACUCUGACUGGGUGGAUGCUGCUGAGUUCGUCGCCCAGGAAGCCAAGGAUAAGAACAAGAACAUGUCGUCCUCCGGGCAGGCCACGAUGUCGAAGAAGGCAUCAGCGGAACCACCAAAGCGCGCGAAAGGGGUGUCAGUCAAUCAAGAGCAUACGGAAAUGGUGAAUGUCAAUCAAGAGCCCAUAGCUCUCUCGCAGACCACGAUGUCGAAGAAGGUGUUAGCAAAACAACCAAAGCGUGCGAAAACGGUGUCGGUCAAUCAAGAGCAUACGGAAACGGUGUCAGUCAAUCAACAGCAUACGGAAAUAGUGAAGGUCAAUCAAGAGCCGGUGGUUCCCUCGCAGGCCAUGAGAUCGAAGAAGACGUCGACGAAACCACGAAAGCGUGCGAGAACGUCAAUCGAUCAGGAGCAUCCGGCGAAACCACCAAAGCGUACGAAAACGAUGUCAGUCGAUCUGGAAUAUACGGAAAUGGUGAAGGUCAGCGAAGAACCAGGGGCCCCCGCGCAGGCUAUGACGUCGGAAGAGACGUCGGCUAAAACACCAGAGCUCGCGGAAACGACGUCAGUCAAUCAAGAGCUUAUUGAAACAGUCCAGAUCAACCAGGAGCGUGCUGAACUAGUCAAAAUCAUUCAAGAAUCCGGAAUCCCCUCGCAGGCCACGAUGUCGCAGGAGAUGUCGGCCAAAGUACCAGAGCCCGCGGAAACGGUGUCGGUCAAUCAAGAGCCUGUUGAAACGGUCCAGAUCAGCCAGGAACCCAUGUCUCCCAAAUCACGCAAGAGCCCAUGUGAUCCUGAUCGACACCCACACUAA